CGGGUCGACUUUUCUUUUACAUCAUGCCCGAGGGCCCACCAAAAACUGCCGAGUUCCAAAUGGAUCCGCGAGGUCUGCCAGGCGCCUCAUACCAAUUGCAGCGACUUGAUGGAGACAACAUUAGCCCUUCCGCCGCAGAACUUCGUCUCACACAGGUGGACGUUUCAACACAAGUUGAUCUUCAUGAUGGAACAUCAUUUCAACGAGGCAUAACGCCACUUUACUCACGAGAAGAUAUUAAGGAGCAGUACUGUAUAACAAAUCGCCAGUUAGAUGCGGUGGAGAAGUCUGGCGGCGGUAUAUUUGGUUGCCUUACUAGCCGUGGGCCAUCACCUUGCAGUUCUUCAGCUAAAACGUCUAUUCUCUCUGCGUGUGUGCGCAGCGCUCCUAGUGACGAGAAUCUUUUUGACGCACCUUACCCCUACCCCUAUCAAAUGCGGACUCACAGACAAACAUCCUCUUUACGAAUUAUGUAUCAACAGCCCUAUUCUACUUAUUCAAGGCAUCCGUCACGAUAUGAUCAUUACGGAACCUAUCAUGAAGAAGAUGAAGAUGACUGGGUUCGAAGAAGACCCAAGUCUUUCUGCAUCAUGCCGGACCUUAAGAGAUACACGUGGCUACCGGAAGAUGAAGAUUCGACAAGAAUGGAAGGGCCACGAUCAGUUCUGUCUACCUCUACCCAACAAAUGUCUUCUGUACAACAUCUCCAGUCGCAACAGCAGGCAUCGUCACAAAUAACAAAACCAAAGCAUGUAAGUUUCGCAAGAUCGCAUACGUUGACGUCAUUCGACAUGCCACAUACAAAGAGCUCACCAAGCCCGCACAAUCAAGAGCGGCUGAUAGAUUCCCAGCCAACAGUUUACAACUCCAUGACCGCAGCUCUCGGGAUAACGCAUGCUUAUUCCCAACCUGAACCUCGUAUCCUCGUUUUCGAGAAGCAGCCAAAACGCGGUACAAUGAAAGCACAAGCAACGCAAACGGAAACGGGACUCGGAUUGCGAGGACGCGCGGCACCUGUGACUCUGAGCCCCCGCACUAUACACCGAGUGAAAAUGGUAUCGCAGGGUGCUCAAACAAACGGCAUCCCUAAUGGACGUAAAUUGACUAAAAGCUACUCUGAGGCAGGUCAGCUGAGUACUCCAUUAAGCGUGGGUAAAACUGUUAAGGAGGAAAACGGUGAACACGAACCUUUGCAACGGACGCAAAGCGAAGAACCGCCGAGAUCACCCUUCAUUGACGACAUUCCCAUGCACAAGCCAAAUUUUAAAGGCCAACUAUCAAACGGAAAUCUAUACUUAGAGCGACUGGGUAAAAAGAAUGAUUUAGACUUUGAGGAUGAAGAAAUUCUCAUAGAUUUUAAGCCCGCAUUGGUCUCACCGGAUGCGCGAGCUCUACUGAAUGAUAUGGUACAACCUUAUCGCAAAUACGUUACCUUACAGAAGACCCUAUCCGAUGGUGAAAUUCAAGUAGAAAGACGAGAAUUAAUUGGUGAAGCUAGCGAGCCAAGUUAUCCUCAUACUUGCCGUAGAAAUCAUGAAGAUCCUUGGAUCAGAAAACUACGUGCGCCCGUCCAAUUUUCCUCUACACCGGAGGAUCUUUCAUUGCUUAGGGUUGCAUCGUCACCAAAUGAUCACAAUGAUGAGGAGUUUCAUGAAAAUCUUAUUCAUCGAGGACUUUUUCGAAAAAGAAGUGUUUCUCUUGAAGAUGGUGUGCAAGUUCUGUCAAUGAAUGAAUGUAUUCUACCAAGAUCGCUUCCAACGUCACCGACAUCAUCUACACCAGUUUCCUCUAAAAUACUAAGUACAUCGCAUGAAACACCGAUCAUAGCGAUGGAUAUUCAACAUCAGUUUCUACAUGCGAGUAUCCUAUCGUCCUUUGCCUCGAGUGACUCUUUAGGAAACGAUGGAACAAAAGAUCAUAGCGACGGUACCUGGAACGAGUCACAGGCGACAGUUUUGCAGGCCGAUUCACUUGCUUUACUAACGCCAUCUACCAAGCGUCGACACCUACUUAUACUUCAACAUCAACAACGAUCUUCUAUAGACACAGAUGCCCUCGACGUUGAGGACGACAUGAGUAUAUAUCGUUCAAACCCCCGAAUAAGACUCGAAGCUUCGACUCCCGUUUCCCAUGCUCCUAGAAAGAUUUAUUUGUAACAUAGUGUUGAUACUACAUACUCAAGCAUAAAUGAUCGACCACGGAUAGGCUUUUUACAACGAAAUCCUGGACUACCACUGUCUGAGCAACAAUCUCAGUCUUCCAGUGAGUUUGGGCUCAACAGAACUGGCACAACAGAUAUUAGCGAAACAUCGACGAUUGAUGACUAUAUCACUGCCAAUACAACUAGUAGAGGAAGCACCUUAGGUACAUCUAUGACAACGGGCUCUCCAUCGAGGUCACCCUAUCUGCCUACGGGUAUUUCCGGACCCACUGCAGCAACUGCCACAACCGCAGAUGGCAGUUCCUUCGAAAGUGCCAGUUCAAUUUAUAGUUUAACCAGAAGCGAGGUUAUUCUCGAGGAACCGAGUAGUCCCAGCAAACUCAAAGACAAAUCUGAUCCACAAUAUAUUAUACAGCAACCAUCGUCUCCUAUGAGAUCGACGAGUAGUAGUAGUUCUGGCAGCUAUGAUCUCGAGGACGCAAUGCCUGAAACCAUUCAAGAUCUUUAUAAGCCUUCAUCACACAGUACUGAAGGUGGUCAAGAAAUUGAUGAAGGACAUCACUCAUCAUCUGGCGGUUACGCUGAAUCACCUCCAGAAUUACAAUUAUGGUCCGAGGGGGGACGUCACUGCAAAAAGAAGAGUUUUGCCCUCGAUUUCUCAUCGGGGAUAGAAUUUUCCAAUGGUCCAAAUGAAUCCAAUUUAGUAACAACUAGCCGAUCUAUAAAAGCUGACGAAGCUUUCAGUCCCACACCCAGUUACCGACAUCGUUCCCGUUCAAAAAUCGUCAAUAUCCGCUCUCCCCAUCGCAGUAAUAAGCGCCGUACAUUCGGAACAUCAGAAUCCUUACUCCAGUCAACAACUGUAGCAAUGGUCCAGCAUCAGCUGAACCGAAGUCCACAAAAUGACGAGUGGCGCGAGCAAUUGGAUGAGGCUGGACAUGUACAAACAAGCGAUGACUCGAGCUGCAGCCACCAUUACUAUAUGCACCAUCAUCACCAGCAUUAUCACGUAUACAGAGAAUCUAGCGAAUUAGCAACUACACGGUAUAGAAGGACAAGAGAUAGCCCAAGGAGAAAGAACAGCUCACAUGCAUCAGCUGGACGACGAAGUAACGAGGAUAGAAAUGCAGCACUGACUGGGAGUCUACCACGGCGACGUUCGCGUGCUAUAGAAUACUCAUGUUCGAGUCGGCUAAGCCCUAGCAUUGGUAACCGUUAUAACCUGAAUUCGGGUAACAGCAAUGGCCGUUCAACAAACAUUGCGAAGUCAUCAAGUCCUGAAGUAAGACUGAAGGCACUUUCGGCAGAGAGUCUCAGAUCCGUGAGCCCCGGCAGCGACAACGUUUUUUAUAAUUUCGAGGACGGGUAUCUGGACCAAACACACUGUCAUCAUUGCGGAAGAGAGGUGCACGAAGAAAUCGUUCAACCUCCAGCAGGAUUUGCAGAUUCUCCAGGAGCGAGCCAUCGAUCAACAUCGAAGCAUAUAGUGGGUCAACGAUUAUUCAAAAAAUUCGAUAAGCGUUAUAGAUCUGAAGAUCAUGCCGAUCGACGUCAUCAUCAAAACUGCGUAGGACGAUCAGACGUUCGGGCCAAAUCCGAGGAAAGAGGUGGCAAACCGAACAAUCGAUACGAAGAGGAGUUUAACAGAAAAAGACUUCACACUCGAAGCACUGAAGCAAGCAUGGAAAUCUUAACGGGUCGAGAAGAUGAAGACGCAUAUGUUGAGCCGUAUACGAGUGGCGAAUGGAUCUACAUUGGAGAAUUGGAAGAGAGCCAGGUAUGGAAGCGACCUGAUAGUAAGGAUGGCGACGAUGAAUUAGAGUGGUAUACGGAACGAAGAGUAUCCCAGGAAUCUACAGAUAGUGAAAGAAACUUUAGACAAAAAUACCAAGCGGCUACGCAUAGGAUGGUACAUCGAAAAAGUAGUGGCGAAAUGUAUAAAAGGAUACAAACUAAGUGUUUUGAGAGCGACAAAAGAGUGAUAGUGAAGCGUGAGACCGGUGGUGAAUUUGGCUUCCGCAUCCACGGUUCUAAGCCAGUUGUCGUGUCAGCGAUUGAACCGGAUACACCAGCAGAAAGUUCAGGCCUAGAAAUAGGCGAUAUUGUAAUGUCAGUGAAUGGCAAAAGCGUAAUGGAGGCAACGCAUUCGGAAGUGGUGAAGCUCGCACACUCUGGUUCGGAUGUGCUGGAACUAGAGGUUGCUAGAACCUAUAACGUUCUGGCACCUCAAGUAGGCAAAGAAGGGCAUAAAGAAGCAAAGCAGGAACCGGCACUGUACUCAGGAUACUUAUGGAAAAAGACAAGAUCCGUCAUAUCCUCGUCGUCAGCUUUACAGGACAAGUGGGUGCGUCGCUGGUUUGCCCUACGUCCUGACAAUUGCCUUUAUUACUACAAGUCUAACACGAAUUCACAGCCAAUGGGUGCAGUGAUGCUGCUUAAAUAUGAUGUAGAGCUGACGCAUGAAUUGCGACCGCACAGUUUUGUCAUCAAGAAGCACGGUGCUCCUACCAUACAUCUUGCAGCCGAUACAGAUGAAAUCGUAAUGCAAUGGAGCUCGAUCAUAAGGGAAGCUGUAGAAAGAAAUAAUAAGGCGAACACGUGGUUCGACUGCUCAUUGAGACUGCAGCAGCUAUCACCGAGUAUGAUACAACGGCCAGAUUGUUUCGGGUAUUUAAACAAACAACACAAACGGGUACGACGAACAUCGUCACCAACGGGUUGGUCUAGAAGGUACUGUAUCCUCAAGGAUGCCGCUCUAUACUUCUAUGAUGACAUAAACGCUGGACGUGCCUUUGGAGUAGCUUUUCUUCAUGGCUUUAAGGUCCACGGGAGCGUGCCAAAUUCUGGAGGCAGGAAACACGUUUUCGAGCUCCAACCGCCUGAUCCAACCCAAAGGACCUAUAAAUUUGCCACAGACUCCGAAAUGGACAAAAAACGAUGGCUGGCAGCACUGGAGUAUUCAAUCGAUCGAUGGAUAAAAAUAGGUUGACAGUAGUGAGGUCCGUCGACCAAUCCCUACAAAUUUAUGAAUUCAGAACUAAAGUAUGCUACAUAAACCCUACGAAUUUAUUUUUCUUUGCCUUACGUUUAUCUUCGUUCUAAAAUCUUUCAUCAUCCUUUGGCCGCCCUGCAUGAAAUAAUGUACUUAUAACAAAGAA